GGUGCUGUCUGUCUUUGCUUUGGUCCAACCUGUGCGUGUUUAACCUCACUUAACCGAGCAUCCAUCCAUCGCUUGAAUAAUGAUAAUGAUAAUUAAUGAUAACCAUAUAACUAUCAUGCAACUAGUCCCUGCUAGCAUGAAAGCAUAGAUAGUACUCUUACCAUGAGAACAUCCUUCAUUAUUAUGAUUCCUCAAGAAGAAUAGCCAUCAAAGAUGAAGCCUGACGGACAGUUUCCCCAGUCCUUUGCAGUGGAGUCUUGUUAUAAACUUUCUGGUGCUAUCAUGGUGGGGACCUUCCCAAUGCGGAAGGUCCGUAACUCGACUCGACCUCGGACCAACCUAGCCUUCAGUCCUGUCAGGUCGCCAGUCGACUGCGAAACUAAGAGCAGGUACCAGGCGGAACCCAGUGUCAGUUGCUGGGGCUCCCAUAGCCUCCUUCCGCAAGAAACAGGCAGGGAAGGGAAAGAGAUCAUGGUUCCGACACAACCAGUGCAUGCAAACAGCCAGGGCCGUCUCCGGUCGGGCUCGUCCUCUUGUUCGCAAAGAGCCCACCGCCAGCGAAUCAGCAGCCGCAGAGGCUUUGGCUUUUCCCCUCCUCCAGCAGUCUCCCACUCUUUCGCGCGACCACUGUUCACUGUCCAGUGCACACUUCCCGUUGAGUUGCUGGCUCGCUGCUCUGUGCACUCUCUCCACUGUCCCAAUCAUUCCCGCCCCUCAUCUGCCUCCUCCACUGCCCAGUCCUCUCCCAAUCCCAGCUCUGAUGGACCUCGUCCACGGUCCUUCGCCCAUUGCCUGGUCUAGCUCCCAGACCCCAGAAGACCCCCAUCUCGCCGGCUCCGUCUUGUUUCUUCUUAUCUCUUCCUUUAUCGUCCUAGCGCAAGCCUCUCUCCGGAUCGUUCUCCUGCCUGGGGUCUUUCGUUUCUUCUUUCCCACUAGCUGCGAUCCCCACUAACGUGCUCUGUUGCUGAGCGCUGCUUGCUGACUUCGGGGGUGGCCGAUCCACUCGGCGCCAUUCAAGACUCAAGACCUGGACGCCAUCGCCUUUCUCUUUCUUCUACCAACGCUUCUGUAUACU